UACAAACCCUACGAGGAAAAAAAAAACACUUUGAUGCGCAAAUUGAUUGCGCAUCUUUGAGAAGAGCUGCCGGUAGUGGCUUCUUAAUCGUGUUGAGUGGGAAGUUGUGUUAACAUUGACGUUAUAGACAAUUCUUAAUAAAAAUGGCUCAAAGCACGAGACUGAUGGCCCUGUCUUCGUCUACUGGAGUAUUUAAAAACCGCUCAUAUGGUGUUUUUACUACCUCUUCUAGACUUGCCAGCUCGUGGUGGUCACACGUUGAAAUGGGACCUCCGGAUGUUAUUUUAGGUGUGACAGAAGCUUACAAAAGAGAUAAUCAUCCCCAGAAAAUCAAUCUUGGAGUGGGCGCUUAUAGAGAUGAUAAUGGCAAACCUUUCUUAUUACCAAGUGUUCUCAAGGCAGAGGAGAAAAUUAAAGCUAAACGAUUAGAUAAAGAGUAUUUUCCAAUCUCUGGUGAUCCUAAUUUUUGCACCAAUAGCAUCACCCUAGCUCUUGGUGAUGGUAAUGAAGUUGUAGCUAACAAAUUAAAUGCUACAGUUCAAGGAAUUUCCGGAACUGGGUCUCUGUGCAUUGGAGCAUUUUUCAUCAAUAAAUUUUUCCCAGGGAACAAGGAAGUAUACUUGCCCACUCCCUCCUGGGGAAAUCAUACACCACUCUUUAAAUUAGCUGGUCUCAGUGUCAAAUCUUACCGGUAUUAUGACCCUAAAACUUGUGGGCUUGACUUCCAGGGUGUUCUAGAAGACAUCUCUAAAAUGCCAGAGAAAUCUGUGAUUUUAUUACAUGCAUGUGCUCAUAAUCCUACUGGUGUUGAUCCCAAACCCGAACAAUGGGCAGAGCUUUCGUCAUUGAUCAAGAAGAAGAAUCUAUUUCCAUUCUUUGACAUGGCAUACCAAGGAUUUGCAUCAGGUGAUUGUGCAAAAGAUGCAAUGGCAGUAAGAAUGUUCAUCAAGGAUGGUCAUCAGAUUGCAUUAGCUCAAUCUUAUGCUAAGAAUAUGGGUCUCUAUGGUGAAAGAAUCGGAGCUUUUAGUUUAGUAACAUCAAAUCCAGAUGAAGCAGCUCGUGCUAUGUCACAAAUAAAAAUCAUUAUCCGCCCAAUGUUUUCCAAUCCACCCAUUAGUGGAGCAAGAAUCGUAAAUGAAAUUUUGAGUGAUCCACAGCUCAAACAAGAAUGGUUAGCAGAUGUCAAAGGCAUGGCAGAUAGAAUUAUUGGCGUGAGAACUAAAUUACGUGACAACUUGAAGAAAAAUGGUAGCACUCGUGAUUGGUCUCAUAUUACCGAUCAGAUUGGAAUGUUCUGUUUUACUGGUCUUACAGCUCCAGAGGUGGAAAAAUUAACAUCAAAUUUCCAUAUUUAUUUAACGAAAGACGGAAGAAUAUCAAUGGCAGGUGUAACAUCUAAAAAUGUAGAAUACUUAGCCCAUGCAAUGCACGAAGUAACUAAGUAAUUUUAAACUAGCCAGGCACCAUGCGAUGUUCAAAAUAGAAUAUGGAAUUUAGUUUACACCAACAUUCUUUUAAUCAACAGUGAUACCAAGAAGAUAUUUAAAUAAUUUUUACAUAAGCAUUAGAAAGAUGAACUGAUAACUACAAACUUAAAUUAACUCAAACUCCAUAUCAAAUGCAUUUAACUCUUGCACGUUAUUUUUUUAAAAGCACUGCCGGCAGUGCCAUGAUAUGCAGUGAAUUUUUAUCAAAAGAUUUCCAAAAUGUUAUCUGAAAAAUACGUAAUGAUUCCGCUCAAGGCAGUUAUAUAAUGAAUUCAUCGAAAUAAUUUUUCUACUAAACAUUAUACGAUACUUUACUGAUUCCAUUAUAAAUUACUAUAUUAAUAAACAAGU